CCGAUAAAGUUGCGCGCGCGGCCGCGGCUCCGGCAGGUGGGCGGUGCUUGCUUUGAACAAAACUUUAUUGUUUCGCCGUGGUGGUGGUGGCGGUGGCGCUGGCGCGUAGGAUGCGCUAAGGCUUCCCCCGCCCGGCCUCGGCAUGUCAGGCAGCCGGCAGCCGCCCCCCCCGGCCGGGCAGGGCGCCGCGGCCUCCGCCGUCACUUCGGCUUCCUCGUCGUCGGCGCCGGGCUCCUGCUCCUCGUCCGCGGGGCUCGGGGGCCCUGCGCGGCCUGUGCUGGUGGCGGCCGCCGUCUCGGGCUCCGGGGCUGCCGCCUCUGGGCUUUCCCGGCUGGCGGGGGCGGCUAGGCCCGGCGGGAGCGGCGGCGGCUCCGCGUCUGGCGGCGGCGGGAGCAGGAAGAGGCCGCUGCUAACCCCGCUCUGCAACGGGCUCCUCAACUCGUACGAGGACAAGAGCAACGACUUCGUAUGCCCCAUCUGUUUUGAUAUGAUUGAAGAAGCAUACAUGACGAAAUGUGGACACAGUUUCUGCUAUAAAUGUAUUCAUCAGAGUCUGGAGGAUAACAACAGAUGCCCCAAAUGUAAUUAUGUGGUUGAUAACAUAGAUCAUCUUUACCCCAACUUUUUAGUGAAUGAGCUCAUCCUCAAACAGAAGCAAAGAUUUGAGGAAAAGCGAUUCAAACUGGACCAUUCAGUGAGUAGCACCAAUGGACACAGAUGGCAGAUAUUUCAAGACUUAUUGGGAACUGAUCAAGAUAACCUUGACUUGGCCAAUGUUAACUUGAUGUUGGAGCUGCUUGUGCAAAAGAAGAAGCAGUUGGAGGCAGAGUCCCAUGCUGCCCAACUACAGAUCCUUAUGGAAUUCCUCAAGGUUGCCAGGAGAAAUAAAAGAGAGCAACUGGAGCAGAUCCAGAAAGAGCUAAGUGUUCUGGAAGAGGAUAUUAAACGAGUGGAGGAAAUGAGUGGCUUGUAUUCCCCAGUCAGUGAGGAUAGUACGGUGCCUCAAUUCGAAGCCCCCUCGCCUUCAAACAGUAAUAUUAUCGAUUCCACGGAGUACAGCCAGCCUCCAGGAUUCAGUGGCAGUUCUCAGACUAAGAAACAGCCAUGGUAUAACAGCACGUUGGCAUCAAGGCGGAAGAGGCUUACAGCUCAUUUUGAGGACUUGGAGCAGUGCUAUUUUUCUACCAGGAUGACUCGUGUAUCAGAUGACAGCAGAACCACAAGCCAGCUGGAUGAAUUUCAGGAGUGCCUAUCGAAGUUCACUCGCUACAAUUCCGUCCGACCUUUGGCAACACUGUCUUAUGCUAGCGAUCUCUAUAAUGGCUCCAGCAUAGUAUCCAGUAUCGAAUUCGACCGGGACUGUGACUAUUUUGCUAUUGCCGGGGUGACGAAGAAGAUUAAAGUCUACGAGUAUGGCACUGUCAUUCAGGACGCAGUGGACAUUCAUUACCCUGAGAAUGAAAUGACCUGUAAUUCCAAAAUCAGCUGUAUCAGCUGGAGUAGCUACCACAAGAACCUGUUAGCCAGCAGUGACUAUGAAGGCACCGUCAUCCUGUGGGAUGGGUUCACAGGACAGAGGUCAAAGGUCUACCAGGAGCAUGAGAAAAGAUGCUGGAGUGUUGACUUUAACUUGAUGGACCCUAAACUACUGGCUUCAGGUUCUGAUGAUGCAAAAGUGAAGCUGUGGUCUACUAACCUGGAUAAUUCAGUUGCAAGUAUUGAGGCCAAGGCUAAUGUGUGUUGUGUCAAAUUCAGCCCCUCUUCUAGAUACCACCUGGCUUUUGGCUGUGCAGAUCACUGUGUUCACUACUAUGAUCUUCGCAACACUAAGCAGCCAAUCAUGGUGUUCAAAGGGCAUCGCAAGGCAGUCUCCUAUGCAAAGUUUGUGAGUGGAGAAGAAAUUGUCUCUGCGUCAACAGACAGUCAGCUGAAGCUGUGGAAUGUAGGGAAACCACACUGCCUGCGCUCUUUCAAGGGUCACAUCAAUGAGAAGAAUUUUGUAGGCCUGGCAUCCAAUGGAGACUACAUUGCCUGUGGAAGCGAGAAUAACUCCCUCUACCUGUACUACAAAGGCCUCUCAAAGACACUUCUGACUUUCAAAUUUGACACUGUCAAAAGCGUCCUGGACAAGGACCGGAAAGAGGAUGAUACAAAUGAGUUUGUCAGUGCUGUGUGCUGGAGGGCACUGCCAGAUGGGGAAUCCAAUGUGCUCAUCGCUGCUAACAGUCAGGGUACAAUUAAGGUACUGGAGCUGGUAUGAAGUGUUUUCUCUCAAGGCGUGAGGUACUUGGUCCUGCUGAUGUGCUACAGCUUUCAUUUGGAAUCUUUAGUGGGGCAAGAAACCGAAACCACCUUGAUAUUCCUCUCCACAGCCAUCAUGUUUGGGUUUUUUUUUUCCAUUUAUGGACGCUAUAGGACCUUUUGAAACACAGGGAACACCAGUGAACUGUCUGCCAUCAAGGUUAACUCCACAGACUUUGCUGCUGCUUGUAUGGUUGUCUAAUUUUUAUGAUAGGGAAACAAAUUCUUUUAAAUAAAAGCAAAUAACAAAAAGGAAUAAUAAAGAUUAUUGAGCCACAAGGUGAAGCUGGAAGAUUCUCUCUUGUUGCAUAUGGGAACAGAUUUACUUGGGAAGGGAGCUAACAGGACCACAGAAGGGUUGUACUAUGGAAUCACACACUUCUGGGUUACCUUACCUGGCUUUUCCUCCAUCCCCACAAGGGAAAAAAAAUCUCUUUAGCCUUACCUGAACAUUGAAGCAGUUUGCUUUGAGAGCAGAGCAUAAGAUGUAUGUGGUUUAGUUGUGUUUUGGUUUUUUAGAUGCAUUCAGUGUUCAUGAAAAUUGCCAGGUUGACAGUUCUGGAGACUGAAGUCCUCCAGAUACAACAGGAAGGUGGCAGCUUCCCUCUCCCCCUGCCAGUAUGCCUCAACGCUGACCUGGAGGGACUGCUUGUGUAAGGACGGGGUCAUUCCGUCUGUGCUCACAAAAUCCUUGGUGCCUCUGCAGCUUGCCAACAAAACAAGGGUACCAACUGUGACGUGGACAUCUGUUGACUGCGAACUGGACUGACUCACUAAACUGUUUCUCAAAGGGCACCAGACUGCCAUUAGCUAAUGACUUCUUGCACUGCUCAGUGGGGCUGGAUUUGAAUCAUUCAGCUAGAGGUGAAAGGCUCCAGAUCCUGUUGCCAGAGCCCUGCUGUGUCAUCCACUCUGCCACAUGGCCUGUUGUUUGUCCCCAGUUCAUAUCGUGGGGAAGCCAAGCAUUUUGAAUGUUGUAAUGAGGGGGGAAUUUGAUUGAUUGUAAUGUGUUUCAAAGCCGUGAUCCAGGAGCUUUAUUUUUAAUAACCAGGCAUACACUUAAUUGUACAUAUGGAGAGGGGGAAUAAACCAUGAGGCUGAGUGUUGUUACUGUGUGAGGGUUCAAGAAGAGAGAUCACAUUAUCAUGCAUGACAAUAAUAACAGAGCUGCAAGUACCACUACCCCAGUGUAAGUUUAAAGUUGAAUUAGAAGGUAUAGCGUUUUAUCUGUUUCCACUCUCAUCUGCCUGAAGAAUUGCUGUGUGCAUAGUGACACCAGAUGGAAAUGUUUUAUUUACAAACAUCUCACUUGAAUUCACUUUGGUCCCACAUUCAGCUUGUCCCUUUCAGUCUGGGAGUACCACAUGGGUGCUGGGCUUCACUUGGUAGAAGGGAGAGCUUAACAUUCCCUCACAUCUCAUUUGGGAACUAGAGUUGCCUGGCUGUGAAAGGCAUUCUAGCUCAUCCAAAGAUUAAUGGCUUGGUUGGAGCUUCCUGGAAGGAUGAGGUGUGAGAUCCUUGUGACCCCGGUUCUAGGGACAGAGAGAGAGUGUAAAUGUGGGCUUGAGGUUAAAGCAAAAGACUGAGAGUUGAGCAUUGUGAAGUCUAAUACUGACUGCCAUAGGUGUCUCAAGUGACAUUUGGUGAGUCACUUAACUUCUCCGCAUGCCAAUGAUAUCCAUUGCUGAGGGUGAGACGUGCUAGCCAUAACUGAUAGGAGUUGUGAGGUUUACUAGCGCUAAUUUGCUUAUAAAGUGUGUUGAAAAUCCCAACUGGGAAGAUGGCUGUAGAUGAACAAAAUUACUAUUGUCGUCCUUAGGAUUGCGUCUGGCAGGGAGGAGAUGAUGAUGGUCCUUGACUCCAAAUGCAAUUUGGAUGUGGUUUCUCAAGUGUUUUGUUUUCUUCCCUGGCUUCAGGGGUGACUGAGCAGGGAGGAAGGGAGAGUGUUCAGCUGGGGAAGGACCAACCAGAACCAAGAGGGAGCAUGACAGCAACUGCCCCACUUAAGGUGCCAUCUUCAGGUCUCAGCCAUAUGAGCCAUGGGAAUCAGCAUGGCAGAAGGAAGUUCAAAUGGCACCCCUGGCUGUGGGCAUUUCCUCUGUCACAGGGUUGGUGCGCGUGAAAUGCCCAGCAAAGCAGCAACUCUUGAUUUGCAUUUUGCUGCUU